AUGGUGCCCUUGCUGCUGCUGCCCCUGCUGUGGGGGGGUGAGUGGUGGGGAUGGGGGGAAGGGGACACGGCGUGGGGAGGGGCUGAAGCUGCCACUGAGCCUCUGGGUCCCCCAGGGUCCCUGCAGGAGCUUCUGGGGUUUGAGCUCCAAGUGCAGGAAUCAGUGGCGGUGCAGGCGUGCAUGGACGUCCGCGUGCCCUGCUCCUUCUCCUACCACUGGUAUCCCUGGUAUCCCUCUGUGGAACCCCUCAUCUAUUGGUUCCUGGAAGGGGACGGCCCACACAGUGAUCCUGUGGCCACCAAUGACCCAAAGAGACGAGAGAAGCCAGAGACACGGGGCCGAUUCCGCCUCGUCGGGGACCCCAGCAACAAUGACUGCUCCCUGAGCAUCCAAGAGGCCAGGCUGAGCGACUCAGGAGUCUACUACUUGCGAGUGGAGAGAGGACGUAAUGUGAAAUACAGUUACAGAGAGAAGAAGCUGAAUUUGCAGGUGACAGCAGAGAAACCCAACAUCCAGUUUCUGGAGCCUCUGGAGGCUGGCCGCCCCACAAAGUUGACCUGCAGCCUGUUGCUAGCCUGUGAUGGGCGACACCCUCUCCUGUUCUCCUGGGUGGGAGACGCCCUUCACGGGAUGGACCCAGGGACCCUCCACUCCUCGGAGCUCACCCUCACCCCGAGGCCCCAGGACCACAGCACCAACCUCACCUGUUGGGUGACACUCCAAGGAUCGCAGGUGACCCUGGAGAGAACCGUCCGGCUUAACGUCUCCUAUGCUCCACGGUUGGUGACCACGAGAAUAUCUCAGGAAAGCUUCACAGAUCUGAAUGGCACAUCACUGCCCAUCCUGGAGGGCCAGUUCCUGCGCCUGGUCUGUGUGGCCGACAGCAACCCCCCAGCCACGCUGAGCUGGCUCUGGGAGGGAAAACCCCUGAGUCCCUCCCAGCGCUCAGCCCCCGGGGUCCUGGAGAUACCCCGUGUCGGGGUCGGAGAUGGAGGGAAAGUCACCUGCCGAGCUCAGCACCCACUGGGCUCCCAGCAAGUUUCCUUCAGCCUCUCUGUGCAGAAAGGCCCCCCUCCCUGCAGCUGUGAGACUGAGGAGCAGCAGGGCUCCUGGCCCCUGGUCCUCACCCUGAUCAGGGGGGCCCUCAUGGGGGCUGGCUUCCUCCUCACCUAUGGCCUCACCUGGACCUACUACACCAGGUGUGGCGGCCAGUAGGGAGCUGGGCUGAGGAGUGUGGCUGAGCCUCGCUCCCUGUCAUGAAGAGAUUCACCUGAGGAUGCAGAGCCCAGAGGACAGACGUGGGGACAUCACUGGGUGCUUCUCCCUGGAAACCCUCCAGUCAAACCCUGUGUUAUUUGCAUCCAUGAGCUUUUAUUUGUGGUGAUGAUUGUGUGACAACAGGAAGAGUCAGUUCCAUUGAAAGGAGACUUUCUGACUUACCUCAGUAUGAGAUUAUCCAUGUUUUUCUAUCAAUAACUCAUUGUUGGUUUUGCCAUGGAUUUUGUCUUGACAGUGGUAUUUUAUGUAUGACUGUUCCUCCAGUUAUGUAUGAACCCUAAAGUAUGAUGACAUGCAUUUGUUUCCAUGUUUGGCUCUUUCAACAUAUCGUUGAUAUGAAUGUUGUGAUGAAAAUAGGAAGGCUAGCAAGUUUUCCUGGUGGGUAUGGAACUGCUUUGUCAUAAGUUUGGCAUAUAUUUAGUUCUAGAAGGAUCAAAGGGUUCUCUUGAGUGGUCAAGUGAAUUUCCAUCCCCCCAUCAUAUUUGAGGGUUCUGAGCUGUUUGUAGCCUCAGCAUCACUUGUAUCAGCAGUAGGUUCGGUGUUCAGUCCUGCCUUCCACUGUGGCAGUGUCUCCUUACCUUUUUAUUUCCUUUAUAGCAAUGUGAUAUUGAGCUAUUUGAAUAUCUUCUUUUGUGAAAUUCCUGUUUGAGUUUUUGCCCAUUUAAAAAUAAAAACUGGGCAAUCUUUUUCUUAUUGAGUCCUUUGUUCUGGGUAUGAUUUUUAAAAUUAAAGUAUAAUUGAUAUAUAAUGUUGUGUUAGUGCCACAGUGUAGCAAAGUGAUUCAGCUAUAUAUGUAUAUUUCUCUCAGAUUCACUUCCACGAUCAGUUAUUACAAGAUACUGAGUAGAGUUCCCUGUGCUAUACAGUCGGUCUUUGUUGGUUCCCUAGUUUAUACACAGUUGUGUGUAUAUGUCAAUCCCAACCUCCCCAUUUAUCCCUCCUUCUUUUAAAAGUGUUUAUUUUUUUAAGAAACAAAGAUGUAAACAUAUAUCCAAAUAAAUAUAAAGCCAAUAUUCGUUUGCUC